GUACGUGAUGGAUCAGUCGACGUGCGACGUAGCCGCGAUAUCAAUCGGGUCCCGUCGAUCUUUCGAUCGUCACUGAAUCAGAACACGGGAUCAUCGUCGACGGAGGCUGCCACGUGAACGCCAUGCCGGGGAUCGCGCUACUACUACAGCUGCUGUUGCUGCUGCAUGGAUCCUUCAUCGUCCUUGUUGCUCAGAAAUCCAAAGUUCCAGCAGCUUUGGAAGAGACGUACGAUCAAAGUUUCCGUCCGUACAACUUCAACGGUACCUGGAAGACGGACAAUGGCAUCCUUUAUGCAGAUAACUAUACCGGUGACGUCUAUCUGUUCGAUGUCAGGACGAACGAAAGCAGACUCCUUCUUGACUCAUCAUUGAUGAGCGACUAUACCAAACCUACGGUUGUCUUCUCCUACGAUAAUUCUCUAGUUCUGAUCGGUUAUGAUUACGUCAAAGGGUUCAGGUACUCCAUGUACCAGAGGUUUGACGUGUACGACAUCGCAAGCAGGAGUUUCACGAGAAUUUCAAAUGGUGAACGAUUACACCUGGCCAAAUGGUCGCCAGCCGAGAACGCUUUAGUUUACGUUCGUGAGAAUGAUAUUUAUUAUAAAAUAUUCUCUGACACGGGUAGCAUCGAACGUAGAUUGACGUAUACUGGUAUACCUGGUGUUGUGUUUAAUGGUAUACCUGAUUGGGUUUACGAAGAGGAGGUAUUAGCUUCCCCUUGGGCUAUGUGGUUCUCACCCGAUGGCAAACAUCUUGCUUUUGCUACUUUCAACGACACGAAUGUGAAGGAAAUUGUAAUCCCGAAAUAUGGGACACCGGGAAGCAUCGAGAACCAGUAUCCUUCGGAACAGAAGAUCAAGUAUCCAAAGGCUGGCAGUCCGAAUCCAGUAGUAUCAUUAACACUCGUUGAUCUGACUGAUCCAUCCUCUGAAUUAAUUAAUCUUCAACCACCUAUCGACACUGUUGGCGUAGACAAUAUUAUCUACACGGUAAAUUGGAGGAACAAGGAGCAGGUGGUAGCUACUUGGACAAACCGUGUACAAAACAAGGCAGUCUUGGUGUUGUACGAUACUCAGGGUAAAGCUAGUCACAUCCACUACGAAGAAGAAACCGAGGGUUGGAUUCGCGUUCACUCACCUCUCUACCACAACGAGUACGUUAUCAUCCUGAAGCCCCAGGAUAUCGGAACACAGGCUGGACGAUUUCUUCAUCCGACCAGAUACGUGUAUAAUAAUGGAAUAUUGACCGAUGAGAAAGAUUUAACCCCUAAAAGCGGCGAGGUUAAUGCUAUGUUAGCCGUCGAUCAUAUCAGAGGGAGACUUUAUUAUUUAACGACGAUGCAGGAUACACCUUCGCAAAGACAUUUGUAUUCGGUGCAAAUAGACGGUACUGGAGAACCAUUUUGCGUGUCUUGUACUCAAUUUUCUCCCGAAGGAAACCUCUGCCGCUACGCGUACGCGUAUUUUUCUACAAGCGCUUCGAACUACGCGUUGUCUUGUUCGGGACCAGAUCCGUUGACAGUACGGAUCUUCAACGCAGACCACAAGUUCCUGUAUCCCUGGGAAGAAAAUCGGUAUCUCAGAGGGAAACUCGCCACGCGUCUCCGACCGAUCGUCAAGAUGCUCGUUGUGAAGGGUGAGAAUAGGGUGAAAUUAGUCUUGCCAGCUGAUUUCGACGAAUCGAAAUCGUAUCCUCUGUUAAUAAACGUUUAUGCAGGACCGAAUACAGCGAAAUACACGGACGAAUUCUCGUACGGAUUCGAGGCGUAUAUGGCGACCAACAGAAGCGUCGUCUACGGUUACAUCGAUGGCAGAGGAUCGGCUAAUAAGGGAAGUAAAAUGCUGCAUGCAGUUUACCGACGACUGGGGACCGCGGAGAUCGACGACCAGAUCGAAGUCACUGAGACGCUGUUGGCAGUCUACCCAUGGCUCGACGGGAACAAAACAGCGAUAUGGGGGUGGAGCUACGGUGGUUUUGCCACCGCCAUGGCGAUGGCCACUGACGAACAAUCGGUGUUCAAGUGCGGUAUAUCAGUCGCACCCGUCACUUCUUGGAUCUAUUAUGAUUCUAUUUAUACCGAACGAUUCAUGGGUUUGCCCACCCUCGAAGACAAUCAGGAAGGUUAUUUUAAUUAUUCGGAUGUGACAAAGAAGGUGGAAGGAAUGCGAGGGAAGAAAUACAUGCUGAUACAUGGAACCGGGGACGAUAACGUCCACUAUCAACAAUCGAUGGCCUUAGCCAAAGUGCUGGAGGAGAAGGAUAUUAUGUUCGAACAGCAGAGUUACCCUGACCAGGCGCACGAUUUAGCCAGUGUCACUCCUCAUCUUUAUCACACUAUAGAUCGUUUUCUUAGCAAGUGUCUGGGAUAUUCGAGCAAUCGCAGACGUUGAAUAAAAAUCGAGUCGUCUGUCGUACUCGUCUAAGAGGGUUAAUUCGUGUUCCACUUACCAAACGACUCAUAUUUUUGAUAAAUUUAAUUUUCGAAACAUCCCUACGAGUUGUUCGGUUGUUCAGAACCUCUCUAAACUCCCAAGUUGUUUCUGAAAACAGUGAGGUUCAUUUUAAUGCAGUUUAAACACCAGUGAAAUUGCCCACGGCUCGUUAAAUUUCACUUCGUUGUUAAAGUAAACACGGUUGUUGUAAAUUGUACCUGAAAUUACCACGAUGUAAUUUAUUAAAAAUAAACAGUUAACGAAAUUCGAAUGUGAAAAUAAAGAAGUGCGAAAUGAAA